UUAAAAAUAAAAUCUAAAAAAGUGUGGUGUGCUUUUCUAUUCAGCCCGUCUGAGUGAACAUUAGGACAGUUUUAUUUUUUUUUUUUAACCAUAGCACAGAUUCUCAGUUGGUUUUAGGUCUGCACUUUGACUAGGCCAUUCUAACACACGACUGUCUUGAUCUAAACCUUCCCAUUGUAGCUCUGGCUGUAUGUUGAGGGUCAUUGUCCUGCUGUAAGGUGAACCUCCAGCCCUCUGCAGCCUCUAACAGGUUUUCUUCCAGGAUUGCUCCGUAUUUAACUCCUCCACCCACAGUAUCAUGCUGCCACCAUCAUGCCACUGUAUAGAUUGGGGGUUUUGGUCUCAUGUGAGGAGACUCUGAGGCCUUAACAGACCUGUUGAAUGUAUACAACUGGGUUCUAUUGACUCAAUGCUGGAUUUUAUUAGGGGUAUCUAAUUAAAUCCCAAUUAAACGCAUCUAAGUUUGUGGUUGUAACUAAAUGCGGUAAAGCCUUUUGCAAGGCACCUCGAAAUCAUCCAUACUUCCACUUGUAGGUGCGAGUAUUGGACGUUUGGGUGCAAUGUUUUCCAGCUCACUGUGCAGCGGAAACACUGAUGCAGCAAUAUGACUGACUGACCUUUCUAGUUAAGACCGAUCUGUACGAAAUUCCUUUAUUUUGAAGCUCCCACCGGAUGCCACAUGAUAUAGUGUGUUGUUGUGCCUUUACGCGUUUUAGUGGCGGAUCCACGCGUCACACAGCAUCAGUGGGUUGUGUUUAUGUUCCCACACAUGAAGGUGAGCAGAGGAAUGCUGAGGCAUGAUGAUGAUAGGACACUUUGCGCAUUUGGAGAAGAUUUGAACAUUUUGCGCGCAGCUGCAGUUGGAGCGGCUCCAGGGAUGCUGCGGCUCCUCAGUCUGCCGGGGUGCCGCUGCGCAACCAGGAACUGCACCCUCCACCUCUGCUGAGCUUUUUCCAGACUUUUGCCUCAUGGAUCACAACCCCGUCAUUCCCAGUUUGUAGGAUGGGGACCAGUUUGUCCCGUCUAGCAGCCUUCCAGUCCUUGCACAUAGUUAUGCUGGGCUUGGACUCUGCGGGUAAGACCACGGUCCUGUACCGGCUCAAAUUCAACGAGUUCGUCAACACGGUGCCCACCAUCGGUUUCAACACUGAGCGGAUCCGGCUGGGCGGCCCGGGGGCCUCCCGGGGCAUCAGCUGCCACUUCUGGGACGUCGGGGGCCAGGAGAAGCUGCGGCCCCUCUGGAAGCCCUACAGCCGCUGCACGGACGGCAUCGUGUACGUGGUGGACUCCGUGGACGCGGAGCGGCUGGAGGAGGCCCGGGCCGAGCUGCACCGGAUCACACGUUUCCAGGAGAACCAGGGGACCCCGCUGCUGGUCAUCGCCAACAAGCAGGACCUGCCCCGGGCACUGGACGUGGAGAACAUUGAGAGGCAGCUGGCGCUGUCCGAACUUAGCCCCUCCACCCCGUACCACGUCCAGCCGGCCUGCGCCAUCAUCGGAGAAGGACUGGACGAGGGCAUGGACAAGCUGUAUGAGAUGAUAGUGAAGAGGAGGAAGACUCUGAAGCAGAGGAAGAAGAAGCAGUGAUGCAUGAGAAGCACUACAACUUACUUUUUAUGGAAAGAAAAAAUAGUCUCAUUAAUUCCCACAAACCUCCAAUAGAUGAAGAGAAUGACUUAAGGAACGCAUCUUGCAUUAAACCUCAUCAUAAAGUCAGAUUUAUGGAAGAAUUUAACCUUCCCUACCAGGUAGAAAGUCCCUGCAAACUGCAGCACUUCCUGUAUAGAAGAUAUAUGGAUAUUAAUAGGUCUAUAUCCUUCUGAAGUUCCUGGCUCUGCUGUUGGAGCUGAUGUUUUGUACUCAGAUGUGAGGCUACAGAAUGAUAAGAGAGGAUCAGGCUGGGGUUCGGAGCUGAGAAAGGAUCCCCCUGAGGAGAAGAUGACCUCAGAGCUGUCUGUGGUUACGGCUUUUUAUUUCCUCCUCUGUCUCUUCUCUGGUGUAAACAUCUGAAAACAGUGGGUUUUUCUUCAGAGCAGUGCAGGUUGAGACAAUAGAAAGGCAACUUUAACACAGAAGGUAAACGAGUGGUCUACUGCUGCUGAUUAUUUUCCAGGAGUUUUCCAAGUUGGAAGCUUUACAUGGAAAUUAAAGAGUAUUGAUGGGAAUAAACCUGGAAUUUGAAAUAUACACACUGUAUGCAACAUCUUUGGGUCCAUUAAGUCCAAGUAGUUAUGAAGAUAUUAUUGGUGGGAAUACAUCUGAUAUGUGACUUUAAUGUUUAACUAGCAAAUAUAAUAGAAAUAUCAACCUAUGACAAAAAACUUUAUGUUUGUAUUGAUACAGUAAAUUACUCCAAUUUCCAGUUAAUUCCCCUGUUUCCAACUUGGAAUAUUACCAAAAGUCCAGCUUUACUUCCCAUUAAAAGUUUCAGGAAAUAUUCCACACCUUUGCAUCCAUAAUUAUUACUUCUAUUCAUAUCAGAUCAGAUGCUAAAAUGUAAACUGCAGGCAACUUCAGUAAGAUUUUUCAGUUGUAAAGAUUGAGAAACUUAACCAAAACCCUGAAAUUAUCACCCAUGAUAUUUGAUUUGCACAUUAAAUUAGUGAAAGUUGCUGUUAUCUUUUGACAGAUUGAUUGGAUGUCACGCAUUGCAUUGCAUUACCUUGGUAUUAUUUGUUGACUAAAACGCUUGUAACAUCAGUCUGAGAUAUUGUAAAAUGAAAUGCACAAACAUAAGAUCCAAAUGUCACAAAUUAUAGUUUGUUUAGUUUUCCCUUAGAGUUGUAUUUAGGAUUUACAGACAGUCUGAGAAAAUAUGGAAGAAUUUUUAUUUUAAUGUUUAAAACUUUUCAAAAAAUGGCACGUUUUGUUUUUUACACCAAAGCAGUCCUGAGAAAGUAGUCUACUUAUAACUUGAUAUAUGAUGUCGGAAAAGUCUGGUUGCCACUGUGAGUUAGAUAACUGUUUUUCACUUACUUCAAUCAGGGCACUCAAACUAAGUUGUGGCACUUGAAAACUCAGAUAAAUUUAGCAGUAGCUAGAUUAUUGUUUCAUGGACAAAAAAAUGACCAAAUAAAGUACAUGCAAUCAGAAAGCAACAAUACGAAGUCGUCGACAUAGAGAGGGAUUUUCGCACCCCUUUUGCCAAAAGUCAAACUUAGGUUCACCAAAUUUAGAUGUACUUUAUGAUCAAUCAUUUCUCAAAGUUACUGAGAUGUCUUACAAGACUGUUCAAUCCACAUUAAACAAAAAAGUUUUUUUUUUUACUCUCCAAAAUGAGUAAUGGUUUGGGACAAGCUGUUUCUGAAAGAUAAGAUGUGUUACUAAGCAGUUUAAACCAGCCUGUCUUGGCACAAACAUUAAAGAAUAGUACAAUUUCGUCAACGUAUAGAGGUAUUUUUGCAUCACCUUAAAAACAAAUUUGAGUUACUAAGAUUAGUAGAUGUUACAAGACUGUUUAAACCAUCCUGUCAGGACAUGUGUCUGUACUGCUUUUAGUAGAUUUAUCUCUCAUUCUGCUGACUGAAAAUUUUAAAUUAUGUCAAAAAGAAACACAAUCUACAAUUUUUUUCUAAUAAUAUUUAGCCUAGCACUGUUUUACCCAUAUUCACAAUAUUCUUUAAACUUCAGUGUUGUAAAUGUCAAAAACGCAUUGGCCAAUAAUUGAUCUUAAAACAUUCUUCUGACUGCUUUGAGAAUGGAGGUGGAGGAGUUAGAAGAGGUUAUCACUUUACUUUUGUUUUAGUCGACUAGAUCGUAUUCAGGGGUUGUACUGUUCUCACUCAUCGACAUAUCGGGUGAUUCUGCCACUGAUCGAAAACUAAUUCUGAUUCUUUGAUGAGACACAGUUUGGUUUCACUUCUUUUCUACAAUUACUGAAAUGUGUAAUUAAAGUUUACACUGGCUGGGCUUGGAAAGUGUCAAGCCAGGCACAAUUAGGAAAGAAGGAUAUGCAAUUGUUGAUGUGUAAUGUUAGUUUUGUGUUGCAUUCACCUAAACUCAGGUUUAGGUUCACCCAAAUGAGAAGUAGUUAUUGAUUGUUACUGGAUCAGCCAUUAGGACAGCAAUAGUCUUCCUUUGAUAAUGAUGUAGUUAUGCAAACCCGCAGGCUGGAACCUGUUAUUUUUCCUGAUACAUUUAUAUUUUAUUGUAGAAUUCCUCCAUUUGUACAAUAAACUUCAUAUCCAACCUUGUUAACAUCCUGUUUGCUCAGAAAGCUUGCAGAAUUCUUCAUAAAUUAGCAUUUGAUGUUAACUGACAAAACCUUUUAAAUUCAUCAAGCAUGUCGAAGCUUUCACAUUAUACUUAACAGCAUGUUGGUCAAACUGAUCAUUAUUUUUCAUAAAAAUCUUCGUCAUACUUGUAGCUCCCGCCGGACGGCAGGCAUGGGUGUUCCUGCAUGACACCCACUCCUUCAGACAAUAUUUAUGCUACAGAAGUGUGUUAAAGCCAAAAUACAGCGAGACCAAACCAUGUGUUAUGUGCCGAAAUGUAAAAAAAGAAAGUAUUUUUGGGAUUAAAAUCUUAAUAAAUGAA